AUGGCUCGUUUAUCAAUCUUAACUAUUAUCUUUCUUUCCUACCUUGCAUCCUCCAAUGCAGCUGUUGAUGUUAAUGCCAUUUGCCAGAAAGCCAAAAACCCUUCAUUCUGUACAAAUCUUCUCACCCCGAAAGCCGGCGGAGACCUCGAUAGCGUGGCGCAAUACACCCUCGACGUGGCUCGCACCGAUGUGUCCAAUACGGUCAGUCUACUCCAAACCCUAAUCGGAAAAAGUGGUGUUGAUCCUAAACUGCAAACUCAUUACAAGAAUUGUUUGGAGUAUUUUGAUGAGGAACAAGCUCUUGGUAAUAUUUUGGAAGCUAUACAGCUCUUGAAAGCUCUUGAUUACAAUGGUGUGAAUAUACGUAUGAGUGCUGUUAUGACUAAUGUUGAUGACUGUCUUAGCGAUCAAUCACCUCCAGAUACUUCUGAUCUUCCAAAGAGUGCUGAUACUGUCUACCAAGUUUCUCAGAUUAGUCUUAUUAUCACAAAUUUAUUGUUACACAAAUAG